AUGUUGGAAGAUCCUCUCUAUGCGCGGGAAGUUGUGGCCUACACCAAUGCUGUGAGGGCGGCAGCGCAAUUCCUCGCCGAUGAGGAGGUCCAGUACUGCUUCUGCUUCGCCAUGUCCUUCAGCGCCACGCGCUAUCCGAACAUUGUGCUCAAAGCGGGAGGUUUGAAAUGCAUCCUCGACGCGAUGAAAAAAUAUCCAAAGAACACCAGGCUUCAAGCAGAAGCGUGCGAAGCCUUGCGCAAUAUCGCAGAAAUGCCAGACGGUGCGGACACCCUCCUCAGCACCACUGCCUUGGAGGAUGUUCUGAAUUCGAUGAAGAUGAAUGCCCAGGCUGAGUGGGUGGUCCAGGAGGGCUGCGGCAUGGUUUGCCGAAUGAUCACGGAGUCGGACGAUGCCCGUGACAGGCUCAUGAAGGGUGAGGGUUUGAGGGUAAUCAUGGACUGCAUGGAGACUUUUCCUCGAGCCAGCUGGGUGCGCGCCACUUUGCCAGCUCCAGCUGCCAUCAUGAAAUUUCUGUUCCAGUGGCUCACCUACAGUCUCAAAGCUGGAGAGGCCCAGCUGGCCAUGGGCAAGUUCAAGGACAAGCUUCUGGCAGCAGCAACCUUUGGCGGAGUUGCUUUCGUAGGCAUGGCUAUCAGCUCGAAUCCAACAUUGAAGGCAAAGGCAACCGAGCUUACGUACUUCAUGCGCAGAAGCCCGCUGCUGGGCGUGGUACUGCAUGCGGUUUUCUCUACUGCGAUCACCGUCUCCGGCAUCCCCUUCUCCUUGGUAGACCUCGGUGCUGCCUGGGUUUACGGCUUCCAAGCUGCUUUAGGCAUGCUGCUGUUUUCCAAGACGCUUGGAAGCAUCCUUUGCUUCCUCGUGGCGCGGAGCAUCCUUCCAGCUUCCCGAAAAGCCAGCGUUCUAUCUCACCCAACCGUUGCUCGCGUGGACAGAAUACUGGCCAGCAGCCCCAUCUAUUAUGGGACACUUUUCCGGCUGGCUUUGCUGCCUGCCUUCGUGAAAAACUAUGGGCUCGCUUUGCUGAACAUCAGGUUUCCUCACUACUUGGUCUGCUGCUUGCUGGGUUCCUGCUUUGGAGUGCCGGCACAGGCAUAUCUAGGGUCGCAGCUCGGUGACAUUUAUUUGGGGCUCCGGGAUGCUGAAAGUGUCGACCCCGUGGUCCUGCUGGGGGGUAUCGCUCCCGUGCUCUUCUUGGUGAUCCUCAUGCCAACGAUGGCCAAAGUCCUGCUUGGAAAGGAUGAGGACCCCAACGCGACCGCAGAUGUGAAGAAGACG